UGUCUUGCACUCCAGUAACCUUCCAUGAACACGCUGCUGUUUGCAAUUUGGCUAGAUUUGCUAAACACCAGCCAUCUUUCCGAAGAGGGGCGCGGACAUUCGAUUAAGAAACUUAACGAAAAUAGUUCGCUAAUGAGUAUACAUUGAUAGGAUUGGAGAUGAAUGAGGACGCGUUUGAGGUACCUGAAAGGAAUGAAUACCGGUACCUGGUGCAGGAGGAAGAGGAGGAUGAGGUCCAGUAUGUUCGGCGUCACUAUGUCAGCCCCUUCCUGGUGCUGUCUCGCAGGUGUAUAUUCUUCAUAACCUGCGGCGUGCUUGCUCUGAUCGCGCUUGCUGGAUAUCUGGCUUAUGUGGCCCAGACUCCGCCCCCAGGGUUUGUUGAGGUGUUCGUGGACUGUGGUUGGCUGCGAGGGCGCUGGGAAAGCGGAGCGUACUCCUUCAAGGGUAUCCCAUAUGCCAUUCCACCUGUUGGCCAGCACCGUUGGCAACCUCCAGUGGACCUGCGGGAUGCUGGGGAGUGCUGGCACAGUGUUUACGAUGCCACACGUUUCCGUAGCAUCUGCGCACAGGUGCAGCCUCUAGGGAAAGAUGGCCGUGUGCUUGGACAGGAGGACUGCCUGCACCUGAGUGUGUGGACGCCAAGCCUGCAACCAGCUGAACCGCUGCCCGUUAUGGUGUGGAUCCAUGGAGGGUACUUGCACAUGUUGAGUGGGCAGGAGAAAGGCUACUCCCCUACCGAGGAGCUAGCAAGUCAAGCACAGACUGUAUUCGUCAGCCUCAACUAUAGGCUCAAUGCAUUUGGCUUCAUGGCCUUGGAGAUCCUGAGAGAAGGUUCUCCCACCAAUACCUCAGGGAACUAUGGCUUCAUGGACCAGAUUCAAGUUCUUAAGUGGAUUCAAAGAAACAUCCAUGUGUUUGGUGGAGACCCAGGAAAAGUCACCUUAUUUGGUCAAAGCUCAGGAGGAACAUCAGUGUGGACUUUGAUGAUGUCACCACUAGCGAAGGGCCUGUUCCAUCGUGCCAUUGACAUGAGUGGCUCGUAUGUAUAUAAUGCCUCUUUGGAAUCUGCUGAGAGAGCCAACCUUGUGUUUCUGAGGAAAACGGGCUGCAAGGAUGCCGCUUGCCUUCGAAAGCUAAACAUAGAACAGAUCCUACAGGCUAUUCCAUGGGAUGAAUAUCCAUCAUGGGCAGGAUCUGGUAUGAUGGACAUCCCAGUUAAAGAACAUUUUUGUGGCCCUGUAGCAGUUGUGGAUGGUCAUGUUCUCUCUGCUCCUCCAUUUGACACCUGGGAGAAACAUGGAUUUUAUAAUGAUGUUCCAUUCAUAGUUGGGACAACAGAGCAAGAAAGUGACUACAGUCCCCCACUGCAGAACAUCUCCACAUGGACUUGGGGAGACUACCAAUGGUUUGUAACAGAGAAACUGAGGCCUUUUGGAGAUGUCGUGCUGUCCCAGGCCCUGAGGUUGUACAACAGCACGGCUCCCUGCCCAACCAAUGACCGCUGUCCUGAAUGGCUCUACACUACUUUGGUGUCUGAUAUGAGGGUCGGGUGCCCUAACAAUGACCUGGCAAGGCGAGCCGCAGAGGCUUUGAAGAGUCCCGUGUACCGUUACGUGGUGGCCUACACCCCAUCCCGAGCAGUGAACUCCUCCAGCCUGUUCCCCUACCCCAGUCGCUUCUCUGUACACGUGCUGGACAGCCUGGCCUUCUUCAGAGGCUUUGAAGAGGCGCUAGGGGCACCGUCCAAAGAAGACAGAGCUUUCCAGGAGGUGCUCACCACUUACUUCAUUCACUUUGCAAAAGAAGGAAAGAUGCCUGUGGAUUGGCCGGAGUUUCCCUCCUACACAGCCGUGUUGGACCAGAAGCUUUCUGUGGCACAAAACCUUACAGCAGAGAGGUGUGCCCUGUGGGAACAGAAUGGAUUUUAUCCAUAUGCCUGGAUCAACUGAGUGUUUCCCUAAAUGUCUGCAAUUAGUACAAAAAAAAAAGAAAACAAAUCACCUUGUAUUAUAACUUACUGAAUCUCUUCAGUAAGUUUGCCGUUUUA